GGACGCCAUCUUAGGCGCGGGCAGUGAAGCCGCCGCACUGAAGCCGUGCCUCGCACGGCCGGGUAGAAGCGGGAGGCGGCCGCGCUGCCAGCCGCGCUCGGGAAGCGCGCGGUGCCGCCCGACGAGGAGGGAGAGUUUUCGCCGUUCUCACGCCUCCUCCUCAGCUCCACGGGGGUCGCAUGACUCUUUGGCGAUGAACGCAGCCAGAAGUGGCUACCGGGUCUUCUCGGCCAACUCCACGGCAGCCUGCACCGAGCUGGCGAAGAGGAUCACGGAGCGUCUUGGUGCUGAGCUGGGGAAAUCCGUGGUGUACCAGGAAACCAAUGGAGAAACAAGAGUUGAGAUAAAAGAGUCCGUCCGGGGACAGGAUAUCUUCAUCAUACAGACAAUCCCCAGAGAUGUGAAUACCGCUGUGAUGGAGCUGCUGAUAAUGGCGUAUGCACUGAAGACUUCCUGUGCCAGGAACAUCAUUGGGGUCAUCCCUUACUUCCCCUACAGCAAACAGAGCAAAAUGAGGAAGAGGGGCUCUAUAGUCUGCAAGCUGCUGGCCUCGAUGCUCGCCAAGGCAGGUUUAACACACAUUAUCACUAUGGACCUUCAUCAAAAGGAAAUUCAAGGCUUCUUCAGCUUCCCAGUAGACAACCUGAGAGCAUCCCCUUUCUUGCUUCAGUAUAUACAGGAAGAAAUUCCGGAUUACAGAAAUGCAGUUAUUGUAGCCAAAUCUCCUGAUGCAGCUAAAAGGGCUCAGUCUUACGCUGAGAGACUACGGCUGGGACUGGCAGUGAUCCAUGGAGAGGCUCAGUGUACAGAGCAGGACAUGGAUGAUGGACGUCACUCCCCUCCCAUGGUCAAAAAUGCAACUGUGCAUCCUGGUCUGGAGCUGCCGUUGAUGAUGGCCAAGGAGAAACCGCCAAUAACUGUGGUUGGAGAUGUUGGAGGAAGAAUUGCCAUCAUUGUGGACGACAUCAUCGAUGAUGUGGAAAGCUUUGUAGCUGCUGCAGAGAUCCUGAAGGAGCGGGGAGCCUACAAGAUUUUUGUGAUGGCUACUCAUGGGCUCCUGUCAGCAGAUGCCCCCCGUCUCAUAGAGGAAUCCUCCAUCGAUGAGGUGGUGGUAACCAACACAGUUCCUCACGAGGUACAGAAGCUGCAGUGCCCCAAGAUAAAGACUGUGGAUAUCAGUUUGAUUCUCUCUGAAGCCAUCCGACGAAUCCACAACGGCGAGUCCAUGGCCUAUCUCUUUCGCAACAUCACUGUCGAUGACUAGACCUGGCGCUGCCCCUGUCCUGGCUUCCACAAGAGAAGGAAAUAUGCAUGAAAAGGCAAUACCAUAACUUAUAGGCAUAACACAACUGUUUAUUCUUGUAGGAGCAUGAAGGUUUUCAGGGUCUUGAGCCAUGAGAUCUAAUAGACAAAAAUCAACCUGACCAGCACUUUACAGGUGACUAGAAGAGGCCACUGGCAAUGGGGAGGACUACAUCUUAAUUAAGAGAGAUGGAGAAAUGAGGUGAUGUUGAAUUUUUAAGUUCCUUUAAUUUUUUUUUUUUAGUGUGUUAUCUCUUGCCCUGUAGGGAGGGAAAGAAAAGCAAAAAAAGUAGCAGCUGUCAGCUUAUGAGAAGGGAAUAGAGACUGCUCUUUGCUGCGUGUGGGCAGCGCGAGGAGACAGCCUCUGGGUUUCUGUUUCUGACCGUGACUCGCAGAAGGGAGUGUUUCACUCAGGCAGCUGCGCAGGACUGCGUGCCGCUGGCAGGACCGAUCGGCAGAGCAGCUCCUCGCCAGCUGAGUGGCCUCUCAUCUCUUGCACACCACAGCCAGGACUUUCAUCAAAACUAAGUCAGCGGGACAUCCAGAAAGGGCAGCUUAGGGCAGCCCAUUCGCGGGGCUGCUUGCAUCCUUGUGUGGGGGCUCUGGGAACAGGCUCCCCUGUGCCUCCCAGCAGGGCAAGGGGUGCUAGUUAACGUGCUGGCCUUUUCAUUUUGCAAGCCUUGGAUCAUUAUUGUUCUUCGGUGGCAAGUCACGUGAGGGCCUAGGUCCUCACUUGACCCCUUGUCUGCACUGCAAAACCAGGCGCGGUGUCUGGAGUUGCCGGGGGCUGGUGAGUUGCGGCAGCCUUGUGGGGAAGGGGAGUGGAACAAGAUCUGCCUCUAAUGCAGCUGUGCUCUCCAAAACACUAACACUUGAACCUGCAAUAAAAAGCAUAGGAUUUUUCAUUUUUGGUGCUUCCUGUGAGCCCUGUACCCCCUGAGGAGCUGCGCGGUCUGUACCAUGGGGCUGUUGCUGUAAACGGGCUCACUUGGCAGCCUGUGGCCUCCUUCCACGGGGAAGCAGGGCUCGCUGCUUGCUUCUUUCUUGAGUGACACUAAUCCUUGGCUGGAGGGGACACUUGAGAAAGCCACACAAGGGGCUUGUGAAGGGCUUUGUCUCCAAGAUGAUAUAAGAAUAGAUCCCCAAGCGGUGACCUUCCCCCUUGCUGAGGCAAACAACCACGCUCCAGUAAAACCUAUAGCACUUUCUAGCCUGGUGAUGUGAGGAACAAAUCCUGCUUGGAGGCAGUUGCUUCAAAAGAGCACUGCUGCUGACGGGCUGUCUCAGGCAGGCAGUUGUUCUGUUUUGCUUAUCCUUCUCUUCCGUUCCAGUAUCUAAAAUGUGCACAGUGCCAAGGGGCAGGCAGUGGCUCUGUGAGCAGGAGAAGCCUUGAACAGCAGGCAAACGCGCGUGCCUCAGCCCUGUAGCUGGUGAGGGUACACAAAAGCCCAGAGCCGUGGGCUCAUCUCCCCUAUUGGGCACAGAUUAAACCUCCAAGCCACGUCCCAUCAGGGCUGGGUGAGGGCUUAAGGCUGUUGCUGGUUUUUCCUGCAUUUUCAAAGUACUACAAACAAAUCACAGCCGUACUCUGUGACCACCGCGUGGCUCCUUGGCCUGGUGGGGUAACAGUACUGUGCUGUACCCAUUAUUGAACGGAUCAACUGAAGCGUGUGCAGUCCUCGUAGAUGUCUGCGUGCUCCCUCGCUCUGAGCCAGUACUGGCCCAUGCUCUUCAUACUGGAAACCAGUGUUAAAAAUGUGAGGUGUAUUGCUCUCCUCUCCCCUUCAAACUGCUUGUCAGACCUGCCAGAAGCAAGGUCAGGGUUGGUGGAGUGCUGUUGCCCCGUUCAGCCUUGCUUUUAUGGGGCUGUAUUUGGGUGGAAGCUGUGGAACCACAGCACCGGUGAGCCGUGGGUUGUGCUGGUGUCCCCCGGGUCGCGCUCAGGACAGCAACCCAAGUUACCCACAGGCUUCACUUCAAACCUUACCCUGGCUAGAGGCCAAAAUCAGUUGGCUAAAGUGAAGCCAGGGGACAUUCACACCUCAGGGUCCCUAACUGCUUUAGGAAAACUGGUGUCCUGUAUUUGCUAGGCCCACAAGGUCAGGGGGCGACGGUGGGUUGGGGCCAGUGUGUGCUAGGGUGCAGCAUCUCCCUGCCCUGAGCCAGCCUGGACCUCGGUUGCCAUCCCAUCAGCAUCAAACCUCAGCAUCUUCCCUUCUGCUACACCAUCCCCCCUCCGUGUGCUGCUGUGGCCCACUGCUGUUUUAGGGGUCUUACAGCUUUUCCUGCCACUCCUGAGCCCGGCCUAGAGAGCUCGACCAGUCCCUGGGUGUAGCUGUAGAGCUCCUGAGCCCACAGCUCUGCUGCUUCCUGGGCUUAAGGCUUAGGAUCCUGCCUAAGAGGGUCAGCUUCUUGCCUCAGUGCAUCUUGUUCCCACCUCUAAAUCUCUCUACUCCCUCCCUGAAUGCAGUCCUCCCAGCUUGGAAGAGAAAAAUACACGUGCAGAGCAGAUCUCUGUGUUUUAAUGCCCCAAAGCAGAUACCUCCUACAAGCGAGGCGCAGGCUCUGUUCCCUGCUUGCCCAUCCUCAUCCUUGCUUGGAGCUCAUUGUCAGUGCUCUGGGGGUGUCCUGGGCCGGCCUGGGGGCUUGUGAGGGAAGAGAUGGUGUCAUUGAUUAUUUUUUAAGUGCUUGUCUGACAGAUCGCUGGCGUUCAAAGAUUUUCCCCAACAUUUGAACACUUCCUCGGGCUGCCUGGAUGUGUCGAUCUGCGUUUCUUGUUCCCUGCUGUGGGGCGAGAUGCUAGAAAUCCGUGUGGUGCUGCUGCCAGCAGCAGCCUUCCGCCAUUCCCACGCCUGGGGGAGAGGGUAAAGCCUGUCAUGCGUGUGAUGCCUAAAAAUACACAAAUAAAUUGAGGUGCUCCUGCACCAGGACCC